AUGUUGUGGCAAACGGUCUACCUGCUGGUCUUGGCGUGCGCCCUGGUCUGUUCCACGCCGAUCCUCUCCAGCAGCGAUGGGGAAAGUAUUCGCAAACCCCGGCACAUUGGAGGACUUGGAGGUGGUGGAAUAGUAGGAGGCGGGAUCGUGGGAGGUGGCGUAAUUGGCGGAGGAGCAGUAGCUGCCCCCAUAGUGGCAGCCCCCGUCAUUCAACCGGUUCCUGUAGUCUCCACCGUUCCCAUUAUCACCACAGUUCCCGUGGUAUCCAGUAUAUCCACAGUGCAAACGAUCCCCAGCUAUGGUUAUGGCUAUGGUUACAAUGGAAUUGGAGGCUAUCCAGCGGCUGGAGGAUUGGGAGGACUUGGUGGUCUGGGUGGCGUCGGAGGCGGUGGUUUCGUCGGCGGCGCCGUGGGUUUUGCCAAAUUCAAAGGCGGCUUCUUCGGCUAGAUCUUUCCGAAUAAGUCUGAGUGUGUCUCGAGACCGUCGAGUGUAAACAAUGAAUAAACAAAAGUGCUGCGAGA